UACAGUAAGAAACUUUGAAGGGGAAUCUUCUAAUAUGGAGUUUGUUAGAAAUGACGUAGAUGCAUUAUACCAUGAAAUGGUAGUUGAUGCAAUGGGUGGACAGUCUGAAUACAAUGACGGGCCAAUGGCUGAGGAGCCAAAUAGUAAGGCAAGAGAAUUUUAUGAUCUCUUGCAUGCUACAGAAGUCCAUAUAGGUGUUGGGGGACAGGAUGUUACAGUACUUUCAUGGAUGGCAGAAAUGCUAAACAUGAAAACUCUUUAUAAUAUGAGUGCUGCUAAUUGGGAAAUGGCAUUGUCAUUGAGUCGAAAGUUGUUGAGUCCAGAGGACCAAGAAAAGCGACUAUACAUGUCUAGAAAAACAGUAGAGCACAUGACAUGGCAUUUGAAAUGCCGUGAGGAUGCGGAUGAAGUUAUUCAUCCUGCGAGUAGUGAGGCAUGGAAACACUUUGAUGAAACCCACCCAACAUUUGCUGAUGAACCUAGAAAUGUUAGACUUGGCCUCUGUAUAGAUGGUUUCAAUCCAUUUGGUUGCUCUGCAACGCCUUACUCUUGUUGGCUUGUUUUUCUUACAGUGUACAACCUUCGUCCUGAAUGGUGUUAUGGCAUGUUAUCUGGUUGGAGCACACAUGGGAAGUUGUCAUGCCCUUAUUGCAUGGAGAACACUAAGGCUUUUCAACUUCAAUAUGGGAGGAAAACAUCAUUUUUUAAUUGUCAUCGUCAAUUUUUACCUCCUAAACAUCCAUUUUGUAGAGAUAAGAAGAAUUUUUAUCUCAAUAGAGUUGAAAAAAGCCGUCCCCCCCUAAGACUAGAUGGUACUUUGAUGGAAGAAAGGGUUAAUCAGCUCCCUGACAUAGUCUUUGCUAUAAAACCCAAUGCUUCAUACGUUCUUAGUCGAGAGCAACAAGCUCUUAUCUGUCAGUGGCUGAAGGAAUUGAGAUUCCCAGAUGGGUAUGCAUCCAACAUAGCACGAUGUGUUAACAUGCAGGAACUUCGAUUGUUUGGGAUGAAAAGUCAUGAUUGCCAUGUAUUCAUGCAGCGUCUCUUGCCAAUUGCUUUCCGUGAUUUCCUCAUAGAUGAAGUUUGGGGUCCCUUAACUGAGAUGAGUAACUUUUUUAGAGCUUUAACUGCUUCGAUUAUUCAAGUCAGUAACAUGGAGAUGUGGGAGGAAAAAAUUGUUGAGACCAUUUGCAAGUUAAAGAAAGUAUUCCCGCCAGCAUUCUUUGACUUGAUGGAGCAUUUGACUAUCCAUCUACCAUAUGAGGCAAAAGUUGGAGGACCUGUCCAAUUUCGUUGGAUGUAUCCUUUUGAAAGGACAUAUUAUUGGGAAGAGGAUGAUGCUCGUGUGUAUAAAGUCUGGAGAUUACAUUGUCGAAACCGUUUUCAAGACGAGCUUCAUCGAGUUCGAAAGGCGUGGGUCAGGGAGAAGAAGUUGCUCGAGUUCAUGCAUAAGGAUACCUUUAAAAUUUUGUUGGCAAAAUGGAGGAGUCCAAAAUAUAUUGCACUCCAGGAAAGAGGUCGGCAAAAUCGAUCAAAGGGUGAUCAUGUGACCCACACAACUGGAUGCCUUUCUAUUGAGAUCCAUGAGGAUCGACUGGCAGCUAAAAGAGGAGGAGUUAGGCUGACACCUUUAGAGUCGUACUUGUUGACUCUCAUGACUCGUCGACCUGAUGCUCCAAAAGAUGCCCCACCCGCUUGGAUAUGUCCACAGGCUGAGCAGACAUAUGUAAGAAUCUGAUUCUUUUAUGAUAUUAAUUUUAUUUAUUUUAUUUAUUUUUAAUGUCAUAUUGCCAUAAAAGAAGAAAAGUGAUACAAUUUUUUAUCCAUUGUAUUCAGUAAAUAAUUAUUUUUCAU